ACAUUAUUAUAAUGCUAUAGCUGUAGUGUUCCCCAUAUGAGUUGAUCACUUACAAGCAUCAACUCUCUUGCUCUCUAUAUCAAAUAUCUCAUUUUUCUUGCUCAAGCAGUAGGAUAUCAAUAUCAGAGGUUUUUCUGAUUAUAAAAAACAUGGCAGAUUCUUCUGCUUCAUACAUACAUAUGGUGCAGCACCUCAUAGAGAAGUGUCUCAUCUUCCACAUGACAAAAGAAGAGUGCAUGGAUGCCCUCUCCAAACAUGCAGAUAUUAAACCUAUCAUCACGUCCACAGUAUGGAGUGAAUUAGAGAAGGAAAACAAGGAAUUCUUUGAAGCAUAUGCACAAACCCAUAACAACAGUGACAGAAUGUCCGAGGAAGACACAAGCCAAAUGAUCCAAAAGAUGAUAUCGGAUUCCAGCAAAGGGGACCCUAAAAACUAAGCCUGCCAUGAAAACGAUCUUGCCUCUGAGUUCUGGUUCGUACUUCAAAACUUAUCAUUACAAUCAGACAAACUCGUUACAUAGAGAAUAUGUUUAAUGAGGUCCCCAUGAAUAAUUGACCACAUACGGAAAUGAGCAUAGAGUACAUGGUCCCCAACCUAUAGUAAUCUCCCCCUAGGUGCUAUAAAUAGGUAUUGUUUUUACUUAACCAGUCAUAUUGUGCCAUGUCAAUAUAUAUUUACUUGAAGAUAUCAACUAGAAAAUAACCAUUGGAUGUUGCUUUAUCUUGAAGUUUAAUGCUUCAUUCUACAUAGGGAGAGGUUUCUUUUCCUUUUCCCCCUUUGUCUUAUUAGCGUAGGCAAACGGCCUCUUGCAUUGAACUAAUAAAUGAAGCAAACAUUCAUUUGUGGGGACUACUUGGUCUAUUCUUGUUCAAAUCGUGAACUUUUUUUUUUUCUUUUUUUUUUUCUUUUUUUCUGGGUGAGAGUGAAGGCGAUAUGUAUGGCUUUCUUUUAGUCACGGGUUCAUAGUCAAUACCCUCCCUUCUCUACUUAAUUCUACUCUACUAGAGAACGUGAAGCUUGCGGUGAAUAUGCCUGGAGGAAAGCAUUGCACUUGGGCUUAUGUGUGGGCCAACCACUAUCUACUUCGAUACUCUUUACAAUCCCCCACCACAAGAUUCUGCUAUAUGGGUCAUGUAGUUCUGUUUGUGAGUCUGAUAUCAUUGACUUGCAACAUGGGUAGCGGGUUGUUCUAAUGCCUCUAGAUUACGUAUUAUGAUUUUGUUUUUUUACUUCAAUGAUGGUGGAAGUCAAGAAUAGAUGGCCAUUAGAGUCAAUAAUAUGAUUAUUAGAUU